AUAAACACAUAGAAGUACUACAAGUGGACAGCGAAACCCGAGUUCUUCUUUCUAUCCUGGAUAAAAAAGAACGCCAGCACAGCAAAUCGUUCAUCGUCUCGGUGCUAGUUGCAGCUCUUCUUGAAAAGCUUGUCGUCUGUUUGAUUUGCUCGUCCGAUCAGCCUGUACCCCUACAACUUCCCAAGGUCGUUGGUGGAAACAAGAUCAAGAUGGCGGCACGAGUGGCAGGAAGUCGCGGUAAGCAAACUGAUAAUGCGGUUUCCCGUUGCCGGCGGUUUCGGUUUCGGUUUCCCGUCGCAGCUACAAUUUAUUUCUCUAGUCUACUUGCAGGAGGAGCCCCGCCUGGUGUUUUCGGCGUCUCAAUCACCGCAGGCAUGAUUCGGGAUCCGCCUUUCAUAUGCAUUGCAAAUACGUCUCGGUCUGGAACGCUGAAACCUGUCAUGCAUAGUCUGGACGAUACAAAAAUCUAAAAUCUGUGUUGCAUGAUUGCCAAAAGUUGUCCACUUUUGACCACAGUGAGUAGAUGGAGUUUCUCAUGCAGAACAGGCAUGAUGAAGAUCUGAAAGAAUCUGUCAUGCUAGAUGCUGCAUUCCAGAGCCAGCAUGGGUCAACAUGGAAAACUUGCAUGACAAACCUUAGACACUUCCAGAGAACCCAGAGGUAUUUGCAAUGUAUAUUUCACUCCCCGUGGCAACAUGCAGGUCGCCGCGUCCCCCCGGGGCGGACCAGGUGCGCCGGCUUUCAUGUAUCAAGCGGGAGUUUCUGUGCCGCCUGGCUCAUCAUCGGGAGAACUUCUCGGUGUAGCUCCCCCAAGCUUGGAUGUCAACCAGGCGGAAUUGCUGGCGCUGCAGCGUUAUCAAAUGUAAAAAUGUCUGGGUCUGGAACAUUCUGACACUUGUGGUCAUGCACAUUUUGCAUGAGCCAUGAUGUCUGUGAUGCAUGCCCUAGCAUCACAUAUUUUUUGAGGGCUUCUUGAUGCCUAUUCCGCAUGACAAAUGCCCUCCCCGCGUAGCAAGCAUUACGCUCCCUUUGCUGCUCAUGCAAUACAGAUGUUUUUGGAAUCCAAAUUCAGCAUCACAAGUUGCAUUCUUCCAGACCCAGACACUUUUGCAUUUCAUAAGCGCUCCGGCCGCGGCUCCUCUGUUCCUUUUCCCGCGGGUCAACAAUUUAUUGCUCCUGCGCCUCUAAUGGUCGACCCUGCAGUUGCACAGGCAUCGACCUACAACUUCUUCCAGAGCCAGCAGCCCUGGGCCGCGCAAGGCGUCGCGGGCGCAGGAGCUUCUUUCUCCGGUAGAAGUACGCCGAUGGGCCUGCAGGGAUCAUCAAUUCGGGGGGCUCAUCUCGGAAGGAGCUCAAACAGCAUGCUGGUAUCAAAUGUAAAAGUGUCUGGGUCUGGAAGAUUCUGAGACUUGUCAUGCAUGUUUUGCAUUGGCCAUGAUGUCUGUGAUGCAUGCCCUAGCAUCACAGAUUUUUUGAGGGCUUCGCGAUGCCUAUUCCGCAUGACAAAUGCCCUCUCAGCGUAGCAAAAAUUGCAUCCCCUUUGCUGCUCAUGCAAUACAGAUUUUUCUGGAAUCGAAAUUCAGCAUCACAAGUUGCAUUCUUCCAGACCCAGACAUUUUUACAUUUGAUAGCUGGCGAGCUCGUCCGACUCUGGGGUUCUUGCAGGAGCAGGUGCACCAGCGAGUAUUCGCGCAAUGCAGUUCCAUAUCAAAUGCAAAUAUGUCUGGGUCUGGAAGAAUGCAAACUCCUCAUGCAUAUUUUCCGUGCACCAUGAGGUUUGGAAUGCAGGACCUAGCAUCAAAGGUUCUGCGACGUCCCUAUCAUGCCUAUCCUGCAUGACAGUCUUUUUCUAAACUUGUUCAAAACUGGACAGCUUUUGGUAGUCAUGCAACACAAAUUCUUGUACGAUCCAGACUUAGCAUGACAAGUUCGCAUCCUCCCAGACCCAGACCACAUAUUUGCAAUGCAUAUUCCAGCCCCUGGCGUCUACCGACGUCCCGGAGGAGGCCCGUCGCAGAUACGACUGCUGCAGAAAAAUCGGCGCUGUCGGCGCCUGCGCCGGUGCCGCAGCUAUGAUCCUCGCGUGUGUGGCGGUGCCGUCCCUGCAGCUCGGAGAUGCUGGAGCAAGCACAAGCAGCCAGACUUCCAGCGGGGUGGGAUCCAUCGGCGCACCUGCGGCAAUGCUGGCGGAAACCUGCAGUUUUGUCCGCGACCCGGCGACCCUACUCGGCGGGCAGGCAGACACGACACCGCAACCGUCCUGCCUACACCUGGCGGCGGGACGCACCGUGGGCACGGCGUGGGCGUUUCUGCAGUCCAUCGAAAAGCACCAGUCGGGCGACUUGGCCAACGGCUUCUGGACCCGGGCCAUCCCGGAGACCGGGGUGGCCGAGUUCUUUGAAAAUCAGGAGAAAACGCUGUUCGACGGCGUCGACGAGGCGGAGUGGAGCACGGCGGUUUUGUAUCGCAAGAAAAAAGUGUUAAGUACAGUUACGCAUUGUGUUGUAAGACCGGCAACACAGACAACCUUUCUCAUGCAGGAAAUGCUUGGGAGCCUCGGUUCCUUCCUCUUUUCCCUUAUGAUCUUCGCAUUACAAGUUUUCUCUGCUACACAGAGAAAAUUUGUGAUGCAGAAACUUCAAAAAAUGUGUAACUGUAACAGUUUUUUCUCGUGAUAUUUUGCCCGCCUGGAAGCAGCGGCUGCACCCGAUCGCCGAGCGUCUCCUGUGGCAGUCUGCGGAUGCGAUCGUGCAGCAGGACCUGGAAACAGCCGGACGACAGCAGGGAAAAGCAUCGGGACGCGCCAUCUAUCCACUGCAAAGAACAUGUCUGGAUCUGGAAAGGUGGAAACUGUCAUGUUUGGCUAACAGUCCUGGAAAUGAAAAUCUGUUUCGCAUUGCACCGAGGACUACAUCUUCAAAAGCGCACGACUUCUCUUGUCAUGCAAAAAUAACGUAUAACUAUGAAAACUUCUAAUGAGCGCCCGGCAUAUACUUGGAGCAUUCGAGAAACUUGUCAUGCUUGGCUGUGCGAUGACUACAACAAACUGUCCUAGUCAACACAUUCACGCUUUGUCGUAUCACAAGUUUAUUCCAGAAUCAAAGAACAACAUAUUUGCAUUUGAUACUAGCGACCUCGCGGCCGUGCUGCGUGACGACCUGCGGCACCGGUACGAACAGCUGGGCCAUCAGCUUCCGGACGCCCUAUCCUAGUUGAAAAUGUCCCCACACCAGAGUUGUCAUGCACAUCUGCAUGCCGAAAAAGUUUCUCAAUAUCAUGCGGAGCCCCAUGAGAACCAUUUUCUUAUCGUGUUUUGAAAUUUGUAAUGCUAGAAUCAGCAUGGUAUGCUAGAUCUGUGAUGCUUCGAAACUAGCUAAACAGGAUUACGCUACGAGGAUAAACCUGUCAUGCGAAAUAACCAGAGGUGGCUGAUUUGUCUAGCGGAUUCCCCAUCUUUAUCUCAGGGGUGGGGACGUUUUUGCUCAGGAUACGCCCCGACCCGUCGUUUCAACUACAACGAGCAAAUUUUUCCCCUGGAGAGCGCGGUGACGCGGCUGGGCCUGGUGCCCCAGGCGGACUACGCCAUCUACCUGCUCAUGAACGCGCUCUAUCAAAAGGAAAAAUCCCCCUUCCCCAUAGUAUCAAAACGAAGUUUCUGAUGCUGAAUUUGCGUAAGUACACAAAUCAGAUUUGUGUUGCUGGGUCGAGGACUGCAGGCCAGUAUCAAGCCCGAGUAAAGAGAGGUUUUGGCCUAGGCUGUUGGCAUGAAAAACGUCCGAGCUGUAGGCCCAAUAGCAUGACAAAGCACCGGCAUAAUGCGGGGGAGCCUGUGGAGUUGCCUUCUUGCAAGACAGAUGCGAUUUGUGGUGAUAAAUCAGCAUUACAAAUAUUUUUCAAAAAUAUUCCUUUUCACUUUCAGUAUGGGGACGGGGGAUUUAUUUUCCUCGUGAUACGCUCGGGUACACGACCAGCGAGGUGCACGGGGAGAUGGCCGUUCCGGACUUAUGCAAAGAAAAAAGUGUUGCAGUUACAGACCGUGUUACAAAACAUGCAAGACAGACGACCUCUGUCAUGCGCAGAAUGCUUGCGAUUCUCGCUUCGUGUGUGUUUUGCCUUAUAAUCUCUGCAUAAUACAACUUUCAUCUCCGUCAUGCGAGGCAAAUUUGUGAUGCUGAAUUCACUACAAAUGUGUAACUGUAACACUUUUUUUCUUGGAUAGGACUGGACCGAGAAGGAGAACAUCCAAAAGGUGCAGCAGCAGCUCGUGCAAACGGUCCGCAGUUUAUGACAGUGCACAGUAAUUUCCCCUCGAGUCCCCCUCAUUUGUGUUGCAUGAACGGCAUAAUUAUACAAGCGUCAGCAACAAGAGUGCCGGUUUUGCAUGACAAAUUUGAUGCACAGCAGUGUAAGUAGUACUGUUUGGGCUUCCGGAGUUUGUCAUGCAAACCUUUGCCAAGAGGCACAGGCACAGCCUGUAGGAGUUGGUGUUUUGCAGGAGAAAUGAGAAAGAGGGGGAACAAUUGUGUACUCUCAUACAGGUUGAAGACGCGCACCUAUCCGCUUCUGAUCCAGAUAUCCAAGGAAAAAAGUGUUACACCAGUUACACGGGUGUAGUGAAUUCUGCAUCACAAGUUUUCUCUGCAUGACAGAGAAAACUUGCAAUGCAAAGAUCAUAAGGCAAAACACGAAGGGAAUGAGGCUUCAACGCACUUCCGGCAUGACAAAGGUGGUCUGUACUGCCGGUCUUGCAACACAAUGUGUAACUGUAGCACUUUUUUCUUUGCAUACCAGAGCAUCGUGCACGACUACGGGUUCGCGGACCGCUAUGGAUCUGUCAGGAUUGAAAUCGACAAAGUUGAAAUACUUUGUAAUGCAUAAAAUCGAGACCAGUUGGAACCCAGUUUCUAAGUGGCGCAUGACAAAUUUUGGUAGUGCCUAAAUCCAGUUUGUAAUGCUGUUUGGGUAAGGAAGACGCCUUUUGUCAUGCUGCUUUAGCAGCUUUAUUUCUACUACUCCUCAGCCUCAACAGGCUUACAAUCUGCCUCCCUUGCCUACUCUGCAAGACAGGCACUUUGCUGGUUGCAUUUUAUGCAUCACAAAUCAUUUUUUCAACUUUGACGAUUUCAAUCCUGACGCUUCCAUAACCGCGACUACCUCCCCACCGGGCUGGUCGCGUGGGCGCUCACCGGCGGCAACUUCGCGGCUGAACUUUCCCCGGUCGCUCGAUUGCCCCACGUUUUCAUCCCAACCGUAGGGGCAAAGUACCAGCACCACCAAAAUAAUCAUCAAGGAGCCCUGUUUAACGCCUACCUGAUCCAGGCGAAGCUGCACGCCAUGGGCAAUGGGGACUCGGUGCGCGCACUGCCCUCUACCUCCUUUAUCGUGGGAAUUUUUAAGGACGGAACUGGGUAUAUUAUGUUGACGUUGAUGCCGUUUAUGUUUUGGUUUUCCUGUACAAGAUAGCUCUGCUUGGUAGAUUUUUAUCAGCACACAGCUUUACUGGGUAACAUCAUCAUCAUCAUCAUCAUCAUCCCAAGGACCAUACUUCGGUUCGUUUCUUGGUACUAGUAAACUUACUGCACCAACGCGCGCAUGACAGGUUCCUCUUCCGCUCCGAGCCUUUUAAAAGCGGCGAGGCCGGCGCAUCAGAGGGAUCAUUGCAGGGUGCAUCGAACCGGUUGCUGCACCGGCUGACGGCGGAAGACACAGAAGGGCUGCUGCGGUACCUGGAUUCCAGCCUUAUCGCAGCGGAAACGCCGGACACGUUUACAGCGUACACGGCGCCCACGGGCGUCUUCGGGAAAUGGCUGGCAGCGGACGGAUAUGCAUUGCAAAAGCAUCGUACUCGUGCUAAAAAUCGCAUUCCUGCAUUACAAAUUUCUUUCUCAAUUUAAAUCCGCAUUACAAUUUCUCAUGCUGACACUGAGGAAAUUCGUGAUGCGAUUUAUACUAGUACGAUGCUUUUGCAGUGCAUAACGGGCAGGAAUUCCCGGUGUACCCAGCCGUGCAGGCGGCCUACCACAUUCCCGUCAGGGGCUGGUCCGCGGACGAGGCCGACGGGUGAAGAAGACAAAAACAAUUUUUCGUGGUCUGAAAAUCGAUGAGUGGAGAUUCUCGUUGCAUUUUUUACCACAAAAGGAAAUGCAAUCAAAAGAUCUUUUCGUGAAGAGAAUACAGAUCGGCAGGAGAAUUAUGAGCAAAAUUGCUGAACUUAGCAUCAGAAAUAGGCCUCACUACCGGUCUACGUAUGACAGAAAAUUUCUUCUCCGAGGAUCCAACUUAGAUAUGGUAGGUCGACUGAUCAAUGCACGUCCUUUCAGUACAACAAAAUUUCCGCAGUAACGGUGCUAGUACUUUCUACUUCGCGAAAAAAAAGAGGAAUCAACCGUCUGCUUAUUCCGUGGAAUUGCGCUUCCGACUUGAUAAUACUUUCCCUGCUCGCGAAACUUCAAACUUUUUCUAGUUGCAAUUUUUCGAAAUCUUUGUAUAGUACAGUACGUUUUUAGUGUUCCUUUUUUCGGACUGCUGCCUUUCUCGUCCGGUAUUUGGUUGACAAUUCUCACUUUCUUUUUCUGCGAACUACGUAAUUGUUUCUAGCACUUUCGUCAAAACUUGUCACGCGCUGCUAGACCGUCACCGUUGUCCGCACGAGCGCGCAUCGGUUCUGCAUGCGGAUUUAAGGUCAUCUUCCUGGUUUUUGAUAAUGUCGGCUGUGGCAGAAAGAGCCACAGCCAACACGUUUUGGCUUUGCUCGACUUCCCUACAGUAUCCAGCGAAACGAAAAGGCACAAAAGGCUACGUAUCAUUACUUGUGUGUUGUUGACAAUGAGAAUAUUUGACAUUGCUUUCUACGACCACCGACGUUCUUAGUGAAAUCUGAAUCUGAACCUCCGUCCUGCAGAAAGAUGAAAUGCACCGCCAAAAAACUGCCCUCGAAAUUGUUCCAAU